CCGGAGGAGCGGCGAGGGGUGCGCGCGAGGGGCCGGAGGCCGGCGGUGGUCGGCGCGCCGCGCCAGGAUGGGCCGCUCGCGGAGCCGCAGCUCGUCGCGCUCCAAGCACGCCAAGAGCAGCAAGCACAACAAGAAGCGCAGCCGCUCCCGCUCGCGCUCGCGGGACAAGGAGCGCGUGCGGAAGCGCUCCAAGUCCCGGGAGAGCAAGCGCAACCGGCGGCGUGAGUCUCGUUCGCGCUCGCGCUCCACCAACGCGGCGGCGUCCCGGCGGGAGCGGGAGCGGGAGCGCGCCUCGUCCCCGCCCGAUCGCAUCGACAUCUUCGGGCGCACGGUGAGCAAGCGCAGCAGCCUGGACGAGAAGCAGAAGCGCGAGGAGGAGGAGAAGAAGGCCGAGUUCGAGCGGCAGCGAAAGAUUCGGCAGCAGGAAAUAGAAGAAAAACUCAUCGAGGAGGAAACAGCACGCAGAGUGGAAGAAUUGGUGGCCAAAAGGGUAGAGGAAGAACUGGAGAAAAGGAAGGAUGAAAUUGAGCGCGAAGUUCUCCGAAGGGUGGAGGAAGCGAAACGCAUCAUGGAAAAGCAGUUGCUCGAAGAACUCGAGCGACAGAGACAAGCUGAGCUUGCAGCACAAAAAGCUAGAGAGGAGGAAGAACGUGCAAAACGUGAGGAGCUAGAGCGAAUACUGGAAGAAAAUAACCGAAAAAUUGCAGAAGCACAAGCCAAACUGGCUGAAGAACAGUUGAGAAUUGUUGAAGAACAAAGAAAGAUUCACGAGGAAAGGAUGAAACUAGAGCAAGAACGGCAACGACAGCAAAAAGAAGAACAAAAAAUUAUCCUGGGCAAGGGAAAGUCCAGGCCAAAACUGUCCUUCACAUUAAAAUCCCAGGAUUAAACUGCAAACUGAACUUUUUACAAAGAAAAAUGGAAGAACUUUGUAUGGUAGCUUCAUGUUGAAGUGUUUCUUUUGUUUUAUUUUUUGUUUUUUUUAAUUUGGAAAAUCUGGAAAGUUAGCUUGUUCUAAUAGGGGCUAUGCUCUGCCAUCCCUUUUAUCCCCCCCUUAACUUCCAUUGUCAAAUCCUUAUCAGAUCAUUGCGGUCUUCUAAAGACUGAUGUAUUUUUCAUCUGUUUGGAUUCUGUAUGUGGUCUGCGAAAGAGAUCACUGGGAAACUAUGGAUGGUCUGAUAAGGUUUUUACUGAUCCGCUCCACUGACUUCAGAGUUUUACUCUGUGUAACAUCGCAAUGCUGGUUCUGCUGACUUUUUGUUUUUUUAUAUAUUUAUAAAAAAAUAAAAAGUUGGCCAUUUACUGGAGAAUUCCCGGGUUGUUACUGACCUGUGCGGUGCGCUGUUAGCCAGUGCCCUUUGGCACUGCUCUGGACGAUCCGAUCCCGAUGCAGGUAAGGAGACGGCUGGUCAGCUCGGACGACCGUGUGCACGGCUCAGUGUUGUCUCUGUUCAGCUGGUUUUUAUUUCACCGACCAAGCCAAACCAGCACUCCCCAUUGUGUAAAUAAAUGAUUUUGCUGAAUAAAGUCAAGUCUUAAAUUCA